GGAUUUGGGAACGUUAUUGACGUUUAUAUUAGCCAGCGAGGUUGAUUAUGUGUCUAACAAUAACAUUAAGCUUUGACUGGAAAUAACUGGGUUUAAGUUUUGGUUUCCAGGCGUACUUCCAAUCACAAACAGGAAACCGUACAUGUUUAGGCAUGAUUUCAGCUCCAUCAUGGGCUUCUUAAAAGAUAGUUGCACGUGAUUCAACGAAAGGCACCUCAUCGCCACGUCCGCAUGCCUUAAUAACAGAUGACCUCCUAUAUACCGUCCUCUUGUCAGCUUGUCAUAUUUUCACGCCAGUCUCUGACAGAGGUGUCCAUUCGCCCACCUGACUCUUGUCACAGCAGGCCUGGGCUGCUCUGGGGUGGAUGUUACCUACCAGAAGCGUCUGGGUGUAACUUAACCUUAUCAGUGUAGCGCACGGGGGACGGACGGUUAUCACGGGCGUCUCAUGUAACCAGCAAAUAAAACUAGUGACACGUUUUUGGCUCUGUCACACUUCAGUUUGUUCUGUAGAACUACUUGAGUGUACCUGUCUACUUAACUUGAUCUGGGACAAAAUUUCUGGGUUAAAAGGAUCAUUUUUACGUCAGAUGAAACAAGGUACUUAACGAGAUUAAUAAGUAAUUCCAUGGAAGCACAGAGAGGAACAUCCACCUGUUCUGCUCUCCAUACCCUCCCCCAUUUCCCUCUUUCUUUUCAUGAAAACAUGACUUGUGAGUUACACCAACAAAGCUCUAUAUGGACUAGGAUUCAUUGCAACGGUUGGUAGAUCUCUCACUGAAAUAUAUGGAACAACUUGACAUCUCUUGUUACUGCGGGUGUUUUAUAAUAAGAAGCCUGCUGUGGAUUAUGAAAGAUCGGUGUAAGGAGAAUACAGUCUGGACUUGUGAGGGGUAAGUACCACAGGAAACGUUUCUGGACCAAGACAGCAGACACCAGCUUCGUAUAUGCAGGCCAGCAUGGCACCCAAGAACGCUGUCCCAGAGUCCGUUCCAGUGCUGGAAAUGGCAGUCGUACAAGAAAAGGAUUCGAACGGUGGACAGAAUGCAGAGAAGGAGAAAGAGCGGGAAGUGGAGAUGUCAGAGGACUCAGCCAGUGAGGAUUCUGUAAACAACAUCCCAAAGCGGUUAUGGGUCAUGCACGGUGCCGUCAUGUUCGGGAGGGAGUUCUGCUAUGCGAUGGAAACAGCACUAGUCACUCCUGUGCUGUUGCAGCUAGGUCUCCCGGAGCAGUAUUACAGCUUAACCUGGUUCCUCAGCCCUAUUUUGGGUUUAAUUUUCACUCCUCUGAUUGGCUCAGCAAGUGACCGUUGCACAUUGAAAUGGGGUCGGAGGAGACCCUUCAUUUUGGCACUGUGUAUUGGAGUGUUAAUAGGAGUGGCCUUAUUUCUUAAUGGAUCUCUAAUAGGUCUGUCUCUGGGUGAUGUUCCCAGUAAUCAACCGUUUGGGAUUGUGCUGACCGUUGUUGGUGUGGUGGUUCUAGACUUCUGUGCUGAUGCUUUGGAUGGACCAAUCAGAGCCUACCUCCUGGAUGUGGCUGAUACUGAGGAACAGGACAUGGCUCUAAAUAUCCACGCUUUCUCAGCAGGGCUGGGAGGUGCUUUAGGUUACAUGCUAGGAGGGCUGGACUGGACCAAUACCUUCCUAGGUCGAGCUUUUAAAGCCCAAGAGCAGGUCCUCUUUUUCUUUGCUGCCAUCAUCUUUAUCAUUUCUGCGACCCUUCAUCUUUUCAGCAUCAAGGAGCAUCUAUAUAACCCCAACCAGCCAUGGGUACUGAAGGAUGAGGAUGAAGAAAGGCCACCUCCUGUCCAGCUCUAUGGCAGCUUUCCAUCUACUCGUCUCAUACCUCAACUAGAACUGAUCCCUGAAGAGGAGCCAUUGUCAGCUCAUGAGGAUGACCAUUCUGAGCGGGAUGUUUCAACAGACUUUCUUAACAUCGACCUAGUAAGGAGUAAAAGUGACUCUGUUUUAGCCAUGCCAGAUGCUACAGUAGAGCUUGACCCAGACUUGGACUUGGAUCGUGAUGGGCAGUUUCUGUACGACAUUGAACCGACUUUAUUCCAGGACUUCCAGGGUCUACAAGAUGAUGGAACAACAUUGAAUUGCUGCAACACCAGCCAUGCAGGUCAAUGCACUAACCACCACUUACAGAAUUGCGAUAGCAAUGGGGAACAUGUCUGUGGAGCUGCCAAAACCAUAAACGGAAGCUUUGCUGUUUCUGGAAAUCCAGUCACUGGAGCAGUGAGUGCCGCCAAUCACCCAGGCAAAGUCGGUUUACGUCCAUCUGGCGUCCCAGUGCGUCGCCGCACCCCUUCUUUCUACCGCCAGCCCUCCUUCACCUUCUCUUAUCACGGACGUGUGGGCUUUCAAUGGCGAAGGCGCUAUGGCAACAUGGCUGGGCCAAUCAAAUCUUCACGAAGCCUGAAUGACAUUGACGAAAUCGAUACACGGCAUGAACGGCGGAAGUUGCCGAUAAGUCGCAUUUCUGCAUCCCUCAUGAUUGAGGAGGAUGAAGAGAGUGAGGAUGGGGAUGAUGGUACGACAGUCAAACUGCUCUGGUUGUCCAUGCUGAAGAUGCCACCCCAGCUCUGGCGUUUGUGUGUAUGUCACCUGCUCACCUGGUUCUCCAUGAUCGCACAAGCUGUGUUCUACACGGACUUCAUGGGCCAGGUCAUCUUUGAAGGAGACCCAACUGCUGCUGCUAACUCCACCGCCCUGCAGAACUACAGUAAAGGUGUGCAGAUGGGCUGCUGGGGGCUUGUGAUCUAUGCAGCUACAGCUGCGCUCUGCUCAGACGUGCUCCAAAGGAUCUUAAACAACUACGACCUAAGCAUAAAAAUCGUCUAUAUGUUGGGGACUCUAGGCUACGCAGUGGGCACAGCCAUCAUGUCCAUCUUUCCCAAUGUAUAUGUAGCUAUGGUGAUGAUAAGCACCAUGGGAAUCAUCUCUAUGAGCAUGUCAUACUGCCCUUAUGCUCUGCUGGGACAGUACCAUGAAAUUAAAGAGUACAUUCAUCACAGCCCUGGAAACUCACGGCGAGGCUUUGGCAUCGACUGCGCCAUCCUGACGUGUCAGGUGUACAUCUCUCAGAUCUUGGUGGCGUCGGCGCUCGGCGCAGUUGUAGACGCCGUCGGUACGGUUCGAGUGAUCCCCAUGGUUGCAGCGGGAGGUUCCUUUCUUGGUUUUCUUGCUGCGGCUUUCCUCGUCAUCUACCCUGACACACUUGAUGAUGAAGAUGAGCAAGGCCCAAGCUCUGUGAAGUCAGAGGCUGCCUCCAGUAACAGCACAGAGAAGCUCAAGCCGAUGCCAAGGAACAGUUCCAGCAAGUCAGAGGCGGAAUCCUUAGUUUGAGUGUUAGAACGUAAAAUACUUGAGCUAUUUAAGUACAAAUCCUAGAAUGCACAAGCAAGUUAAGAGGAAAGGACAAGAGGGACAUUGUCUACCAUUCAUACACUUUCACAUAUGCUGAGUGUAAAUCUGCGGAUAUGGUACAGAGACAAACCUAUAUGAGUCAAAUAUGUGAUUUCUGAGAUUAUUUCUCAAAGCUAUUUAUUAUUUGUUCCCAAAAUUUCCAUCGUCUACACAAAAGUAUGUUUCAGUUUUUAUUUUUAUUUUUUUUAUAACCAGGUUUACGUCACUACAUUUGAAGACAUUUCACAUUCUAAUUCAUUUUUUUUCACACAUUAUCAUUUCACUUUGCAAAUCAACAUGUAAAUGCCAGAUCUAAGUUUGCAUUUUUUUUUAGACUGAUAUUUUAUCAGUGUUGAAAUGUGUCUGAUUAUCAUUGUAUUCCCCUCCUCAGCCUCGUAUCGUACAAACACUCAGGGGAAAGCUGAACGGCUGCUGCUUCUGAGCAGAAAACGCUCACUUCUGUUUAGACUUUAACUAUGCACAAUGCCAAAUCAUUUUGUUCUAAUGAUCCUGGACUUUGAGCAAGACAUUGUUUUUGAGAGUUGCCUUUAGUUCAUAAACUUGAUUAUCUUAGGUACACUAUUUUGAGGUAUGAAGAACACGGAGAGCUGAGACACUGAGUAAGGAAAUGGCUUUGCUGUACAGCAGUGAUUGGUGUGAAAUGAAGAAGUGUGUUUAGCUGUCAUGGCAGUUUUCACUGGGUUUCAGCCUCCAUCUUAAGUGAUGACACUCCAAUAGCAGCAGUAUUUUUCACAGCAAAAAUCACGAUACUGUUCCAAUACUGUUGUGUAGUUUAUAUACACAAGUUUUGAGUUAAUUUCUUUUCAAGAAGACAGGCCAAAAAUGUCUUUUACUAGUUAGUCACAGAACCCCUCUGGCUAAGUGAACUAACUGAGCUAUGGCUCCAUAAUGAUGCUCAUAAAUGUAGAUUAUAUACAUAGCUGGAAGUGUGACAUCUGUACAGAGGUCAGUAGGCUGGCUUUGUAUCCUAUUUUAUCAGAAAGGAAGUUUUUCUUUGUGUGCUUUUCAUAAACAAGGUGAACACUUUUUUUGUAUUCAUUUUUGUAUGUGUGGUACUGUUUUUUAGUGUUCCAAAUUGAAAGUUUAUAAUGGUUCCAGGUGUUUAUUUUGAAUUUGUGUUCAGUUUCGAUAAAGAGAAAGUUUGGCACUUU